AUGCCGAAACGGUCGACUGGAUGCUUCGAGUGCAGAAAAAGAAAGGUGCGCUGCGAUGAGGCCAAGCCAGAAUGUAAUACUUGCCUCAAGCGCGGCACAAAGUGCCCUGGCUAUCGGCCGACGCAGGCCUUCAUACUUCACGAGUUCGACGCCAAAGGAGACAAGCCCGCUCUGAUCAAAGAGGAUGAGAACCGCUACAGAUUCGCCAACUCACAGCAGCCCGUCCAGCCACAGAGCCAGGCCAUAGACCGCAGAGACAGCACGAUCCAUGGACCUGGAGAGAUACACAUUCCCAAGCAGGUCAGCUCGGUUGCUGCAGAUCGCAUCCAGCACGUUGGCACCUUCAUAUCGCUGUAUCUCCCCAAAACCGAGGGUCCCGCAUUGCCCCCUCCAUCGGCACUAAUGCUCGGUUUGCCCAGCAUGCCUGCGAACAGCGAAGUCCUCAUGGCAGCCAUCGACGCGCUCUCUGCAGCUCAGCUGGCUGUGAACAACAGGGACCAUCCGCUUAUCCAUCGUUCCAGGUCGCUCUAUGGCACAGCACUCACCCAGAUGAUGCGAGCGAUCCAAAACACAAAGGUAGCACUCAAGGACGAGACCCUCUUGUCUACAUAUUUGCUCUCGCUGUUUGAGGUGUUUGUUGGAGUGACGUCGGGUCAAGGCUUCUUUUGCCAUGUACAGGGGCUUCUGCAUCUACUGAAGCAGCGCGGCCCGGAAUCGUUCCAGAGUAGAUUGAGCAUGCAGAUCUUCCAUGCCAUCCGGUACAACUCAUUGAGCAUUGGUUACCUGAUGCGGAAGGCGUCGAUGCUAGACACCCCCGAAUGGCUAGCAGUAACCGCCCGAGCGGCCAGAAUCGAUCCUUAUGUGGCACUCCUCGAUAUUGUCAUGGGCAUACCGCAGCUUUUAGAACGCACCGAUGAUCUAGCCAAACCAGGCAGCCCCCCAGAAGAAAUCGACAAGCUACUCAAUGACUGCGACCAAACUGCCGGACGUGCAUUUGAUUGGCUUAACAACUUUGAAAGACACGGCCCACGCUACAACAAAGUCGAUGUCGCCUCCAUAGACGGCUUCAUGGACAUCUGCGCCGAUCGCGUCUUCGACCCUGUGUUCCAAUUCCACUACUUCGCCGCCGGCAUCUGCUACCUCAUCUACUGGAUGAGCAUGCUCAUCAUGCAGGGCAACACCUUCAAGCUCCUCCGUCAACACCGCCAGCUCGACCCCAAGCAGCUGAUGGCGUGGGGUCGACAACUGGAAAACUUUGCAGACUCCAUUUGCAGAAGCGUGCCGUAUCACUGCCGCCCUCUGACAGGGUACUCGGGGAGAUUCGGCUCGCUGACGCCCCUCAUGGUCGCGCGAAAAUACUACGAGAUGAGAGGUGCGACGGCGCAGGCAACGUGGUGCUUGAACGUGUAUAUGGGCGCGAGGGUACCUGAACUUUACGACGCCCCACCGCCGGUGAAUCCCCUGGCAGAGAUGGGUGUUCAGGUUAAGAACAAUCCGCGGUUCAUAUGA